GUGCCCAUCCAUCGCCGCCGUCGCACUCACCCCGAAAUCAACAUGCCACCCGCCGCUUCCUCCACUCGUCCCCCCACCACCGCCUCCCGGUGACAGCCAUCCUCAAUCCCUCCCUAACCACCACCCAGCUAGCUCCAUGGCGGCCCCCCCGGACGACUACUACGGCGACGACGACGACGAGUACGACGACUACAACCCCCACCCCUACAGCGGCGGCUACGACGUCUUCGCCACGUUCGGCUCUCCUCUCCCGCCGUCCCCCGCCACCUGUUACCCCAUCUCCUCCUCCGCUGCUCCUCGGCCGCCGCUCCCGCCUAAGUCUGCUCCCGCUCCCGCUCCUGCGCCCUCUCCGCCCAAAACGCGGGAGCCUUCUCCUGCUCCUCCGCCGCCUCGCCCGGUUUCCCCGGAGCCGCCGCCGCCGCCCCCCGUGGCGGAGCCGUACUACUGGCCCAAGCCGUACGACUACGGGGAUGCGCCGCGUGACCGGCCGGUGUACGCCACGCCGGAGGUCUUCCGGGGCUGGCCGUACUUCGCGGGAGCGCACUGCCACUCGCGGUGCGGUCGCGACUACUGGAGGCAGUGCAUGCGGGGGCUGGAUUACCUCUUCGGCCACACCGAUGGCUACGGCGAGCGCCGUAUCGGGGUGGACUACCACGGAGUCCCCGUCUACGCCAACAGGAAGGGUGGCGUGGAGGAUGCCGUCGUCAUCCAGGUGGAGCCGCCUGCCACUGGGACUGUAGAGUGGCACCACACCGGCGAGGAGCCUGCCUCCAACGACGGCAAUCGCUUAUCCUGGGAUGAUAAUACCAAAGAUGAAUCUUAUGCAUAUGCGCAACCUAAUUACGGUUCAUAUGACGGGCCUUAUGAUCAGUCUUACAGUCUUGAUGCCGUUUCCGAUGAAACUACUUGGUUUCCUCAGAAUUACCAGCAUCUGCACAAAGAGGAUGAAUCUCAGUACCAGGAAAUCUUGUCCAGCUCUUAUAUAGAGAGUAAGGUUUCAGCUCAGCCUAUUUAUUGUUACAAUCAGCAGUUUAGUGAACAGCCACUACAUGUUCUUUUUGAGCCUCCAGAAACAGUUUAUUCUGAGAAGUUGGAGUACUAUGAGAGCUUCUCAACAUACAACAACCAUAACAGUGCUGAUUAUUCGGGUAUGUUGGGACAUUCAUAUGACAUACAGUCCGAUGAACAUGCGCCAGAUGAACCAUUUGAACCAGUUAAGCCUUCUUGGUCUACGAAUUCGGGGUACUACCAGUCCUGCACAGAUGGAGCAUCUACUGAAUUUGAAAAUCAUUCUUUAACCUCCAGUGAAUUUGGUGGUAUUGCAAGCUUAUUUGCAACUUCCUUCUACCCUCAACAAACACAAAUUUAUGAAUGUCAUGGUGAUGAGAACGUUUCCUUGCAGCCAAAUUGGCAGUGCAACUGGAAUGUGGUUUCUGAAAAUGAUUCUCAGUCGGGUGAUGAUUCCAACCAUAUGGCUGGCUCCUUCUGGCCCUUUGGAGAUCAUUUUGCACAUGCCAUAUAGUCUAUAUUGUUGUAAUUUCACUCCAAUAUCUUUUGUAUUUACUUUUGAUUUUAAAUUUACACGACCAAGUGUAAAUGAAAAAAUAUAUAAGAGAUUGUGCACCAACUGUAUGUAGGUUCAGCAUAUAAUAAUGUAAGAUCAUUGACCCUGUUCAUAAUUACUUCUUUUCAUAGUGACAUCCAGUUUCUAUGAAGUUUUAUUCUUUCUAACCUGAGACCUACCAUGUACUACCACUAUUAUUUACAUUCAGCCAUACUUCUGAUUCAGGAUAUAUUCUCCUAUUCUUGC